UACUAUUUUUUGUAAGCCCAAAAGAAGCCAAACUCUAGCUCUCCACCCAAAAAGCAUUACCAUUCUCAAUCUUAUUACAAUUUACAAGUACCCCAACUGCCUUAAUUUUCGCCUCUUGUUUCACUUUCUCUCUUGCAUCUUUUAGCACAAAACAACCACUCAAUGGAUACUCAUCCACUGCUCCUAAUGGCCGCCAUGGAGGAAACCAAACCCGAAUCGGCAAAAACCCGAGGGAGAAAGCCCGGCAGAGGACAAAACCAGAAAAAACCACCCCAGAGAGGACUAGGUGUGGCUACACUUGAGCGCCUCAGGCUCCAAGAACGCUGGAAUAAAAUGACCGGAAUACCCAACGUUCAGCCCACCAACCAGCUCCCCGUUCCUCAGCGUUUGUCCCGGACGCCAGCGGUGCCCUUCACCGACCAGGUUGUGUCUGUUCCGGUACAGUACGGUGCACCGGUACUCUAUGGUGCACCUUCACCGGUUGUUAAUGGCUGUGGGGGUCUGGUGGCUCAGAGGGUUGGAAAUGGAGGUGGGUUUGGUGGGUUGUGCUAUGGUGGGUCUUCUGGGAUGGGAGGGACGUUGGUGAUGGUGGAUCGGGUUGGGAUGGAUCCGUAUGGUGGGACUGGAGACCCGGAUCCGAGAGUUUUGGUUGGGACUGUGUUUGAGGCCUCGAAAGAGCUCUCUUCAAUGCCAAAGAUGUACUCAGGGCCUCACCGCUGUGAUGUCUGCUCCAAGAAAAAGCGAGGCCAUGGGGGAAAUAUAGGGCUUAAUGGGGGCAGAGACAAGUAUACUGAGAUAUCUCCAAUCAAUGGCUCUAAUUUUCCCGGACCGAAUCUGCAAAACAUCCCAAUCUUCACCGGUGAAACCGGCAAUUUUGGUCCCAGAGCAGCGAGCCAUGGCGAGGGUGUAGAGGUGGUGGCAGUUCACAGGAGGGCAUCAAAUUGUUCAAGGGGUAGUGGCGGAAGCGUUUUGAUGGAAUAUGAGUUUUUCCCUGAGAAAAGGGGCACUUCUUCCGAGGGGCAUGAAUUUCCUACAGAAGCUUCGGAUGCUGUGGGUAGUGAAGCUUCUAAUUAUCUUCCUUCUACUGCUUAUAUUUCCACUUCUAGUUCUGUUGAUUUGUCUCUCAAGCUUUCAUAUUAGAACCAAAGAUGGGUCUAUUUUUUGCUAUUACUUUGUUUACAUCAGUGUGUAUUGCGUGUAAAAACAUCCCAAACACAGCCUUUUGGUUUUCCUUACGCUGUCAAACUACA